AUGAUAAUCAAGCGGAAUUUGAAAUCCCAAAUACCGAGUCUGAAACGGAGCAAACUCGGCGAUUCGGCGGGUGAGGAUGAUGACAGCUCGACCGUGUCUCGGAAGAAGAGGAAGACCAACACCAAGAAUGGAUAUUACCCUUUCAAUCUUCUCGGCGAAGUCGCCACCGGCAUAAUCCCCGUGAGCUUCCGAGGGAUUCUCAGCUCCGAGAAGGGCUUCGCUGCCUCGUGGUGUACCGAAUUGUCGUGCUCCCCCGGCGAGGUCGAGUCGAAAACGAAGGGCCGUGAUUCGACGAGAGCUAAGGCGAAGAGUGAUCGUGCGGUUGCAGCGGCGGAGGUUCCACGGCCGCUGCUGGUGAGAACGUCUCGGGGCCGAGUCCAGGUACUUCCUUCACGGUUUAACGAUUCAGUUAUUGAGAAUUGGAGGAAAGACAGCAAGACUAGCUUGCGUGAUUAUAGUUUUAAUGAGGAUGCUGAAUGCAAAAAAGAUAAAUUUAGCUUUAAAACGCCAAAAACCGGUUUGAAAAAAGAUCGGAACGACGAGAAAACUGGAUUCAAGUGGAGGAAAUAUGUGACAUUAUGUGAAGAAGAGGAGGGGGAAGAAGAAGCGUAUCUGGAGUUUAGGAAUUGCAAUAAUGUUAGGAAGUAUUUGAGCUCACGGAGCACACUGACAUCGUUGAAUGAGCAGUUGGGGGAAGACGAGAAGUGCCCGGUUGAGGAAAUCGAGGAACAGGUUGAGUUUUUGGAGAAUGGUGAGAGGAAACACGGGUUGUAUGGGCCGGAGGACUUCUAUUCGGGUGACAUAGUGUGGGAAAAGCCGGGGAAGAAGGAGCCUCAUUGGCCUGCCAUUGUAAUUGAUCCAAUGAGACAAGCGCCUGAAUUGGUUUUGAGGUCUUGCAUACCUGAUGCGGCUUGUGUAGUGUUUUACGGGUACUCUGGAAAUGAGAAUCAACGGGAUUAUGCAUGGGUCAAGCGUGGGAUGAUUUUUUCAUUCAUGGAUUAUGUAGAUAGGUUCCAGGAGCAGUCCGAAUUGAAUGGCUGCAAGCCGUGUGAAUUUCAGAUGGCAAUAGAGGAGGCGCUUUUGGCAGAAAGUUGGUUUAUAGAGAAGUUGAUGGCAGAUAUAAACAUUGCGGCAGGGAACACAACCUGUGAUGAAUCUAUUCAGCUUAGGGGGAUUCAAGAGGCUACUGGUUCAAACCAGGAUCCAGACCAGAAGGAAAGAAAAUAA